GUAGAACUGCACAUCGCGACGGCGGAUACCUGGCGGAGCGGACAGAGCUCGGAUGGGCUCCAUGCAGUGCACGCGGGGGCGCGGGGUAAUGGGCAAUUCUGGUCAGGAGAAUCGCACCCGCGCGUCGACCCACGUCAAUAUAGCUGCUUGCUGUCGCACCCGACUCACUGCAAUAUGUACAAGUAGCGCGCACUCAGUCAACAUGAGUCGCCUCAUGGAAGAAUACACGCGCAAAGCGGCUGCAUAUGAAGCUGCACUGUCCAAAAUUGCAUCCACUAAUAGACCUGUCAACAGCACAGCAUUGCUCUGGGAAAUAAAAGAGACGCUGUACGCUGGCGUCGGCAAAGGGUCGCAGGCUUCCUCUCCAAGCGACUUGCAGACCCUUCACAGAGCACUUAAUGGCAGCCGCGUUAUUUCUCUCGGCGCAAAGCUGACGCAGCAACUGGCCACAGUUGCGGAGGAAGCCGAAAACGCAGGAGUCAUCGAGCGGUUGGGCCCUCAGAAGGCGCGCGAGGCGCGCCUCGCCCUGGGGCAGGCCUUGUGCCUAUGCCUGGAUGGAAUCGCGGACGCUGGUCGCGGCCUAACGCACGCCGGCCCACCGGACCACGCGGAAUUCAUGGCCCGUAUCCGAAACCCCCGCACCCACCCCGUCAACGACCUGGUCACGGACCUGACGCUACCUGACACCAUGAAGGCGCUCGCGGCGGCAGCGCGCUUCGUGCGGUGCCGCCUGUGGCCGCUGGCGGAGGAGGAGCUGGCAGCGGCGGCAGUGGCGGAGCAGGGGCAGGGGCAGGGGGAGGCAGGAGCGGGCGAGGAGCAGGGCGAGGAGGAGGCGAGCCAGGGAGCUGGCGGCGCGGCGGCCGGCUCGAGCGCGGCCGACGCGCCGCCCAUAAACACAAAGGUCAAGAUCAAGCGCCUGAACGACUCCAUCCGCGUUAUGAAGCUCGACCCAGUCGACGCCGACAGCGCCGCGCAGCUGGUCCGCCAGGCCGGCGCCGCCGGCGGCGCACUGCUGCUGUCCGCCUGCGCCGCCCUCCAUGGGGCCGUGGGCGUGGUACGACACGAGUGCGACGUCAUGAACUCCGCCACGCCCUUCGCACAGGCCCUGCUAGGCAGCCUCAUCUCGACGCAGGCGCUCGAUGAGAUUGCGGCCGCAUUCCUGGCGGCUCCGCCGCCGCCGCAGCCGCCUUCUGCCGCUCCGUACACUUCCGUGUACUGCAUGGCUUUUAUGACGCUGACAGACGUGCUGACGGAUGUGUGUGGGCUGGCGGGGCCCUGCGGCCCAGGGCCCAUCCAGUUGCUGACGCAGCCGGCUCUGCUGCGGCUGCGCUACGAGAUGUUGGAGCAGGUGGCGGCCACGGCGCCCGGCGGCGCGGACGAGGGCAUUGAGGGCAUCGGCAACGCCGGCGGUGGCCGUGGCACCGGUGCAGCAGUGGGGUUGGCGGCGGCGGGCGGCGCCGCCCGUGUGCGGCUGUGGCCAGUCAUGCAACGCGACACGCUGCGUGCGGUGUUCGGCCCGCGCGUGCAGCUGACGCGCAGCAUGUUCACGUUUGUGGUGAACGCCGCCGGUGCGCCCAUUGCGGCGCAGCAGCACAGUGAGGCCGCAUGCGACCGCGCCGCUGUCAUGGCCUUCCCCGACCGCCGCCGCGCCGUCGCGCUCGCCGCCGCCGCCAGCCGCGCCCUAGCCGCCAGGCUGGAACACUUGGGCGCCGCCGGCGCCGCCGAGCCCUCCGCCGAGGCCCGCGUCACGCCGCGGAUGCUGUACGACGCGGCGCAGCACUUCCCGCCUGUCGUACACGCGCUGGUGGGCGCCGCGCCGCCGCGGGAGGCGGCGGCGCUGGUGGGCGAUGCAUUACUAAUGUACGGCUGGCUGCUGCGGUGCUUAGUCACGCCGGCGGGGCUGGCGGGCGCGGGCCGGGGGGGGCUGGAAACGGACAGUGAGAAGCUGAUGCCGUUCUGUACGACAUACACGAUCCAGGACAGCCCGCUCAACGACGACCCACUUUUCAAGGCGUGGCGACGCAUGACGCCGCUGCAGCGCGCCGCCGCCGCCGCCCGCGCCCUGGCGGCGCGCAUCCCGCAGUCCAUGGACGGCGUGGCCCGGCAGCUGGCGGCGCAGGGGGAGGUGCCGCUGGAGGCUGUAGCAGGCAGCGCCGACCUGGUCACGCUGCUACUGCGGGCGCAGCUGCAGCGCUGGCGCGCGCGACUGGCGGCGGCGCUGGCCGCUCGGGAGGAGGCGGAGGCUACGGAGGCUGCGGAGGGAGCGGAGGAGGGGGUGGCGGGGGCGGGGGCAGCUGUGCUGCCGCCGCUGCCGGCGCCGCCAUCCAUAUCGGAGCUGGGGCUGCUGCUGACGGCGGUCAAGGUGAUUCGCUGCGAGGCAGAGCGACUGGCCGCCGAGAACGCCGCCGCCGCCGCCUCCAGCAGUGGGAACAGCAGCAGUAGUGGCAGUAGCAGUAGCAGCAGGGCGGCGCUACUGCCGGCGCUGCUGCAGGGCGCGGAGCCGGUCCACUGGGUGCUGGCGGAGCACCUGAUGCGGUGGGUGGGGCACCGGGAGGGAGGCCUGGCCUCGCUACUGCCGGAGCUACAGCCGGCAGCAGCAGCAGCAGCAGCAGCCACCGCUGGAGGCAGCAGUAGCAGCGCCAGCAAGGCUGGGAAGGGCAAGAGCAAAUCUGGCUGCAGCACCGCCACUGGUGGCGGCGGCGCCGCCGCCGCGGAGCGGUUGGCUCUGGGCGAGGCGCAGCGCGUCGUGCUUGAAGCUAUGGCGCUGGCGGGCGUGGCGGUUAUGCAGUUGUAUGGCGAGAUGCUGGCGGCGGCUGUACGACACUGGGAUGAGCAGGAUGGGCAGCAGGCACAGCCGGGCAGCGCUGCGCCGCCGCGGCGGGCUGCCGCCGCCGGCGCCGGCGCCGCCGCCGCCAGCAAACAAGAGCUGUGCGAGCGCCUGGCGGUCAUUGCCGUCCAGCUGCUGGUGCUAGUGGCGCUACUGCCGCCGCCGGUGCUGCUGGCGGCGCCGAUGCCGCCGCAGCGGCUCAUGCCGCUCCUGGCACGGGCGCUGCUGCACGUGCAGAAGCAGCUAGGGCUGGGCGGCGGCGGGGGAGACAACAAGGGCGGGAAGAAGAAGCAAGGCGGAGGAGGAGGAGGAGGAGGUGGAGCGGCGGCGCCGCAGGAGUGGACGGCAGCGAUGGACGGGUGGCGGGAGCUGGUCCUGCGGCUGAGUGCGGAGCCGCGCUUGUGCGCCGCCUGCGUGCCGGGGUGGCUGUGGGGCGCGCGACGCACCGACGGCGGCAAGGUUGGCGGCGGCAAGGCUGGCGGCGGCAAGGCGGGUGGCGGCCGGCGGGAGGUGGACAGCCUGCAAGUUGACUUGACAGCGGUGGCGGCGGCGGGAGUGGAAGCGGCAGCGGCGGGCGCCGGGGCGUCGGCUUCGGCUGCAGCCAGCGCGUCAACGCCUCCUGCGGCCGCCGCUGGAGCCGCGGAGGCGGGGACGAGUGGCGGCGGAGGCGCACCAGGCGUGGCCGUGCGCGGCCCUGUGCUGCUGGUGCGCGGGGCCGUGGUGGCGUCCACCCUCGCCUCGGCGGGCGCCGAGUGGUCGUCUCAGGCGUGGCUGCAACACCAGCAGCAAGUCGUGUCGCUGGCGCAAGCCACGCUACGCGCGGAGCAUCGCGACGGGGGCGGGGACGAGGCGGCGUAUGAGGGCUGGCGACAGGCAGCGGCGGCGCUGCCGGGCGGCGGGGAGGAGGGCAUCCUGGGGCCGGCGGCGGCGCGGCUGUGCGGCAACCCGCGCUGCUCCAACUUCGGCGGCGCCAGCGAGGCAGCGCUGGAGCUGAAGAAGUGCACGGCGUGCCGGGCGGUGCGCUACUGCGGUGCAGGCUGUCAGAAGGAGCACUGGAGGGCCGGACACAAGGAGGCGUGCCGCCGGCCGCCGCCGUCAGACACAGCCGGCACGCAGCCGGCCGGGUGAGCGCGGCGAUUCAACUUCACACGGCGGGGUGCUCUGUGGUGGUAGGAAACGAGAGAAAGGAAACCCG